AUGUUGGACCUCUCUUACAAUACACUUUUGGUCAAUCCAAUGGAUUUGAUGUUCUUGAGAAGUACGACGAAGCUGCAGACACUCCAAAUGAGGUACUGUGCUAUCUCUAAAAUAUUACCAGACGCCGUUGAUAACCUCAAAGCAUCUCGGGAUCUAACCGUCGCGAAUUUCGAUGGAAAUCCGUUCAACUGUACUGAGGAUCUUUGCUCUUUCGCAAGUUGGUAUGUUAGUCUGACGGGGCCGAGUACAAGUACACGAAGUCCUGACUUCAUCCCUUUUAUCACCCUAAGUCCUCCUCCAGGAAAGGGGCCAUACCAAUGUGACAACUAUGGCAAGCCCCUCAAGGACUUCUUCAGUGGGUCUUGUCUACCCAGGCCUGAUCCUAGCCCAUCCAUUUUUCCUCCUGGUGAAACACCGUGGCAUGUGGUAAUAAUUGCUGUUACUGUCAUCCUCGUCGCGUUCGUCGUCACCAUCGUAUCAUUCGUCGUUUGGAAGUUCAGAUUGAUAAACUACUAUCAUCACCGCAUAGGGGUUUCCUUUCAGCGCCAUGUCGAUUACGGAGCUGUGGGAGACAACAAUCAUGAAUAUGUUUAUGAUGCCUACGUCAGUCAUCACGAUGACGACAAGUCAUUCGUCGAAGAUGAGAUGCUUCCUCGUCUCGAAGACGAACACGGCUUCGAUAUGUGUGUCUCCUUUCGCAACUUCCGCUUGGGAUCCAACCUCCUGGAGAAUGUGUCUUCAGCUCAGGAUGUCAGUCGUGCCAUCAUAUUCAUCAUCAAUGAACGCUUCAUGCAGAAUGGCCAGUGUAAGCUGGAGCUUGAGAUGGCUUCGACGAGGAUGCUGGAAGAUGAAACGGGUCACGAAGGACAACGUCUCAUCAUCAUCCUGAUGGAAGUCCUUGCUCCUGAAUUGGUGAACAGCACCCUGAGGGUACUUCUAAACCAUGUUGCUUAUCUCGAGUGGGAUCCUGCUGCAGAAGAAAGAUGUUGGGGUCAACUCAUUGCUACUCUGGAUACGUUGGUGCCAGAAAGGAAUGCCGGCGACCAAGCGGACGAUAAUGAACACGACGAGGAUCAAACUGUUUGA